CAGCGUAGUAAAAAAUAGCUAACCUACUCUUUUAGUUUGAGUCACUUUUAGUAAUUUGUGAACCAUUUUACGGCUAAAUGAAAUUAAAUAACAUCUUUACAAAAACAUAUAAUUAACUAAAGGAUCUCAUGAGCAAUAUUUACAGUUUAGGUAGAUAUUAGAGGUCUUUAGAAGUUAAUUUCUUGGUAGGUAGUGAGCGCCGGUGAAACUGUGAUCAUGGCGAACCCGUCAUCAGGCGUUGUGGUUCCAAGAAAUUUUCGUCUUCUAGAAGAACUUGAGCAAGGUCAGAAGGGAGUGGGCGAUGGAACGAUUUCUUGGGGUCUCGAAAGUGAUGAUGACAUGACCCUGACUCACUGGACUGGCAUGAUAAUUGGUCCUCCCAGGACUCCAUAUGAAAAUAGGAUGUAUUCUCUUAAAAUUGAGUGUGGCACCAGAUACCCGGACGAGCCCCCUACUGCUAGGUUUAUCUCCAGAAUUAACAUGAACUGUGUAAACAGUCAGACUGGACUUGUGGACAAUAGGCAAGUCCCAAUUCUUGCUAGAUGGCAACGCGACUAUACUAUCAAGACAGUGCUGCAAGAACUAAGACGUCUUAUGACUCUAAAGGAAAAUAUGAAGCUUUCUCAGCCCCCAGAGGGAAGCACUUUUUAGUUCUUCUGAAAUAUAUAUUUUGUCUCAAUGACCCAAUCUACUCCAUACUUUGCUAAAUUAUAGUUAACAUACACAUAUAUUCAUAUACUUUUAAAAAUGUCCAGUAAAUUGUAGUCAUUAUGGCAGCAUCUCCUGUAAUGCUCUGGCCAAUGUGGUUUGAAGUUUCUGUCAUGCAUUUAUUGUAAUUUUGUAUUAUCAACUGUUUGCUUUAAGUCUAACAUAUAGUACAGUGGAUUGGGUGGAAAAUAAUUAUCUUGUAAGAUUUCACUUUAAAAAGAUGGCUCUUAAUUACCCACUUAGAGGGUAACACCCAUUUAUUUAUCUCUACCUAAAUUAUUGUGGCCUUUAAAAGUCAAACUUGCUUUUUGUAUGAUUAUAGCUACACUUAUCUUAUUUUCAGGUAAGUGGUUUGAUGCCUGCACUUGAUUAUGCAAAUAUUUUCUUAAAUGUAAGCAUUAACUCCUAAAAAAAUAAAAAUAUUUCUAUUUAAAGUAUAAUC